GUCACAGUGUUUGACUUGUCCGACUAGCAGUCUGAUCAGAGGCAACACUACAGCACAAAGCACAAUCCGUUUUAAAAAUGAGCAACAGUCCUCUUCUUGUGAAUGUGGAAGGCUGGAUUGCAGAGAACCAGAAUGCUUUUCUGCCACCAGUUUGCAACAAGCUCAUGCACUUUUCCCAGUUGAAUAUCAUGUUUGUGGGAGGUCCAAAUACCAGGAAGGAUUAUCAUAUUGAGGAAGGGGAGGAGCUGUUCUACCAGCUGAGGGGAGACAUGUGUCUGAAGGUGAUUGAAAAUGGCAAACACAAGGAUGUGCACAUCAGAGAGGGAGAGAUGUUCCUGCUGCCAGCUCGGAUCCCCCACUCACCACAGAGACAGGCCAACACUGUGGGACUGGUGGUGGAGAGGAGACGGCUGCUGACUGAGACUGACUGCCUGAGGUACUAUGUGGACAAGACCACUGAUGUCCUGUUUGAGAAAUGGUUCUACUGUCAGGAUCUGGGAACUCAACUAGUGCCAAUAAUCAAAGAGUUCAUGGCAUCAAAGCAGUGUAAAACAGGAAAACCUGAUCCAAAUGAAGUCUUCAGGGAGCCUCCGUUCCAAAUGAACACCAUGAACGUGAUGUCGCCCUUCUCCUUCAAAGACUGGCUGGACAAACAGAGGCCAUUGCUGGCCAGUGGCAGGCCCGUCGACAUGUUUGGAGCUCAGUUUGAGACAGAGGCCAUAGUGUUUGGACCUGGGCUGACUGAGACAACAGUUCCACAAAGUGAUGUGUGGAUUUGGCAGCUGGAGGGAUCCUCGAGAGUGUCUCUGAAUGAGCAGGAGUUCACUCUCUCUGCAGGAGAGAGUUUACUUAUUCCUGAACAGAGCCAGUACCAGUGGAAGAGAGAUGAGAGGACCGUUGCCCUGUUUGUGGUUCAAAACCCUGAGCGGAAGAGACCCUGACCAUGACCUGCCAAUCACACAUUAACUAUACAUUACACUGUGUAUCUGGGGAGGAAAACCCCAAUUCUACACAAAUACAAGUACACAACAUGAUACACACUAUUGUAUCUGUCAAUGUAAGUUGAGUAAUGAGAAGUAAAUUGUGUAUCAUCACACACAAUAAUGUAAAUCAUGCCCUUGUAAAUGUUAAAAGCAUUUCAGUAUUAAUAGGAACAAGAAGUUGAAACUGUAAAUUGCACUUUGUCGUAGUUACACACUCUGCUGGUCAAAAGUUUUAAAACACCUUCAUUUUUCCAGUUGUUGUUGAAAUGUAUAUGUUUGAUGUCUCAGUGAUUCUGAAGUUAAAACCUGGAACAAAUCAAAAAUGAAGAUCUUUACAAAAUGGAAUCAUGGGGUCUUUCUGUUUAACUAUAUCUGAUAUAAAGCUCUGACUCAUUGAGCAGCUGAAACAAAUGAUGACACUCUUUCUACAAUGGAAAUGAAACAUUGUUCAGAAAGUUUGUCCCAACACUGUUGCAGAAGUUGCAAAUACUUGUAGUUUGCUUUGCUUUCACUUUCUGUCCAGUUCAUCCUAAACCAGCUCCAUGUGGUUUAUGUCUGGAGACUGUGCUGGUCUUCAUCAUGUGAAGCUACUGUCUGGUUCUUUUACUCUGAUGAAUCUCUAUCCAACCAGUCAGUCUUCCCCUGUUACUUGUCUUUUCCUCUCCAUUCUGACAGAAAUAUACAGGACUAUGUCCUAAUAAUUCAUGAGAGACAGAGGGUUUGUAAGUCAUCAGCCAAACAUGGGUCACCUGUAGGAAGUGUCUGCAUUAACUUUCAAUGUUUCAUUUAUUUCCUCUGCUGUAAGAGAACUGUAAGUUCACCAAUUUCUUAAUCUCUUUUUAAGAAAUGUUUUAAAUGAUUUAAUUUUUUUUUUUUUUUAACCUUGGGUAGUCUACUACUCACAUUGGCACCUUUGCACUAUUUAAGGUUGUUAGGGUAUAAAAACUGGAAAAAAUGGGUUGUGAUGAAACUUUUUAUCACUACACUAAUUUAUCACUACCUUUAAUUUUAUGUUGACAUCUUUAUGGUUGAGAGAAAACAAAGAC